AUGGUUUCCUCAACGACUGUCCUUCUAGGAUUUGUGUCCGGUUCUCUCGCAGCUCUUCUACCCCGUCAAGCAACUCAAUGUACUUUCUACGCCAAUGCUGUGGGUUUGGAAGGAAAUCCAAAUGUUAGACAAGACACCAUUGGACAACCCAAAAUCGGGGGUACAUUCCCAUUGGCAAAAUACAUCAUCGACAACAACAGCUUGAAGGAUACACAAGGCCACACCUGUAUCAUCUCACCCGAAGACUCACAACUCCAAUGCACCACAGGCGUUCCCCAAAAUACUGUCUUUACAUUCUCCAACGAUUUCCACAUCCUUCACAACUAUAAUUCAAAAUGGCUCGCUUGUCCAUCUUCGGGUCCAGGAAGCGAUGGAAGUCAACUCAUCUUCAGUGAUGCAAAACCAGAUAAAACAGGCUGUUCCGAAAUCGAGCUCCUAGCAGGAGGUUUCGGUUGCGCCGCUCUAGGACGACCAGAAACCACCACCUCUCCCAAAUCAGCCCGCAGCACACCAGCACCCUACCAAAAGGUAGAAAACACCUCCGCAAUCUGCCCAACAGACAUCAGCAGCGGCACCUUCCAAUUCCCCCACCUAAUCAUCCCCACCUCCCUCACGAACCCCGACCAAAUCUUCGGAACCUCCUACACAGCCUACAUCUCAGCCUCCAACACCACCCUCUACACCUUCGACAUCCCCGCCACGGCGCCCUACCUCGGAACCUGCUCCUUGAUCUUCCAAUUCCCCUACGGCUCCGAACUCGACCCGUCCGUGCCGAAAUUCUACUUCUCUGGCUUGGAACAGCAGGAGUUGGGGGGUGGUGGGCUGAAUUUCGCGCUGCUGGAGGGUGCGGUGACGAAUGAGACGUCGGCGAGUGUUACGCCGGGUGUUAAGACGGAUUUUGGGACGAGGAAGAUGGUUCCUGGCACCAAUAUGACGGUUGGGACGUUCCCUUGUAAGAAUUUGAAUGGGAGGGGGACGGUUAAGGUUAGUAGUGUGGGGGAGGUGGAGUUGGAUUAUUUUCAGGAUUCCAGGAGGCAGGCUAUUGGGUUGUAUGUUGUUCCUUGUGCAUAG